CAUGCGUAGACGCUGAUCCGUGCUGCUGGGUGCGCCAUGUUGGCUGGCUUACACUGGGAGUGGAGUUAGGCAAGCUGCUUGAAAAACCAAACCAGUUUCCAGACAUGAAUUGCUUCGAGGAUAGCGAGUAAACGUACGCGGUAGGAUAUAUUCGUGUCCUGCAGUGCCAAGUGUUUAUCUUGCCAAAUUACUCAGCCAUUUUCCCGUGCAGAGGUGUCUCGGUAAACUCGACUCUCAUGGAUCCCAGGACCGCUUGGAUCCAACCGGAGCAGAAGGGACCUGCCAAUUCCCUGUGGAUGCACAUUUGGGAAACCUCUCAGGGAUUUGGAGCAAACUCUAGCAUCGACAACCUCCUUCACUACCAUCGUAACUUAGCAGCGCACAAUGGCAACUCCACGGACACUCACGGUGACUACUGUAAAAACGUAGCAGCGCCAACAGGAGGUGUGUUUGGGAAACUAGCGAAGCGAGACGGCGGAGAGAGGGGAAGUGUCCGGAGGAAGGGCUCGUUGUCGCCGUCCUCCUCCUCUCUGGACUCGGAGGCCGAGAGCUCCUCUCCCUCCGGAUCCUCUCUGCACAUCGACAAUUUAAACGUCGCAGAGGAGGCCCACCGCUUUUUCCACUACGGCGAGCACGAGUUGAACGAGAACAAUCUCCGGCGGCAACACCCCCCUCCGCCUUUUCACGCUGUUCAGCAACACUGUCGCAGCAUGCAACAACCCUUCAGCCACACCCCCAGUGGGAUGAAAAAUCAGCACGGGAAUAAGCACCACCACCACCAGUCACACUCCUCCGGCCGCAGGAGGCAUCUGAACAGGGCCAACACUUUCCACGGCAUCAACCCCCUCUACUUCGGCAGUAAUGGACACUUUGUAGACUCUACCUGUAGUCUGUGGAAAACCAGGCGAUACAGCCCGGGAAUCAAUGGUCUUCAUGAGGAAAUUGUGGACUUUUUCAACUUCAUGUCACCGCGACCAGAGGAGGAGGCCAUGAGAAGAGAUGUCGUGUACAGAAUAGAAAGUGUCAUAAAGGACCUGUGGCCCACAGCUCGGGUGGAGAUAUUUGGCAGCUUCAGCACAGGACUUUAUCUUCCAACAAGUGACAUUGACCUGGUGGUGUUUGGAAAGUGGGACCACCCCCCUCUUCAGGAACUGGAACAAGCCCUGAAGAAACACAACGUGGCUGGCCCGUAUCCCAUCAAGGUCCUUGACAAAGCUACAGUGCCAAUUAUUAAACUCACUGACCAUGAGACAGAGGUGAAGGUGGACAUCAGCUUUAAUGUGGAGACUGCUGUGAAAGCAGCACAGUUCAUCAAAAGCUAUCUUAAGAAGUACACAGUUCUGCCUCCUCUGAUCUUCGUCCUGAAGCAGUUCCUUCUGCAGAGGGAUCUGAAUGAAGUGUUCACUGGAGGAAUCAGCUCAUACAGCCUAAUACUAAUGGCCAUCAGCUUUCUGCAGUUACACCCUCGGAUCGACACAAGACGCACCAACAUCAACCUGGGCAUCCUGCUCAUCGAGUUCUUCGAGCUGUACGGCCGUGAUUUCAACUACAUGAAGACUGGCAUCAGGGUGAAGAACGGAGGAGCUUACCUGUCCAAGGAGGAAAUGCUUAAAGCCAUGGGGAGUGGGAACAGACCCUCCAUGCUGUGUAUAGAAGAUCCAAUACAGCCAGGUAACGAUGUGGGCAGGAGCUCAUACGGUGUCCUGCAGGUGAAACAGGUGUUUGACUUUGCCUACAUGGUCCUGAGUCAUGGUGUGUCUCCUCUUGCACGCGCUUACCCCAACAAAGAGUAUGACAGUACCUUAGGCCGCAUCAUCAGAGUGAGCCCAGAGGUGUUGGCCUACAGGGACUGGACCAUCAAGAAGUGGGGACUGAGGCAGUACGCCAAGCUUGAGAAUCAGGAUGUGGAUACCUGUGGGCAGGACUUUUCCAGGCUGAUGCUGGUUUCUGUGGAGGAUCAGAGGGACACAUCCUCCCCCCUCAGUGCCGACUCCCCCUCACCUUCUCCAGUCUUCCUCCCUAGCCCUCAGCACCACUCAUCGUCGUCAUCUGCAUGCUCACUCUCCUCCUCCUCAGGGAGUGACAUAGAAUCUGAUUCUCCACCCAGCAGUAACACUGCUAUCCAGCUCCACCCUCUCACUCUGGCCUCAGUCCAAUCAGUAAUCCAGAUGACUGCUGACCUGAGGGCCACACAGCAGGCAGGCUUUAUCCACACUACGCCUCAGGUCCAGAUGCCGCUCCCAGAGAACCUGGCCAUCGCCUCACUCCCUGAUUGCCAAUUUUACCGCGAGAACCCGCCCUCCAUCAGCGGCGUGCACCGUCACGCGCCCCAACCUGCACAAGUCUCCCAGCACACCAACUCCCCAAGCCCUCUUCCCAGCCCCCUCCACCAACUUCACCAUCCUCAGGUUGGAGGACAGCAGAGCCACGCUUACACCACAAGAUCCAACUCCCACGGCUCCCUAGAGCCACACAAAACUGGCUUUAAGCACAACCAAGGUGGCCCCCGAGGUCAAAACCACUCUCAAGGUAACUUCAGUCCCCAGCGGCAGUUCGCUCAGCAGGGUCACAAUUCUGGGGCGGGUUUCAGGAACCAGCAGUACAACCAGAACACAUGGAGGCGCAGGAAGAGGGACGAUCCUCCUGUUCUCAACCAGAGCAGGUGAAUGAUGGACACUUGACAAGACUGGCAUUGAAUUUUGAGAAGCUGUGAAUGAGACUUAAGACGCCUGUUCUCCAAAGACACCCACUUCAUCUUGGAAUCCAGAAGUCGAUGACAGUUGUUGUGCAGGGUGUGGAAGUUGCAUUUCUGCGCUAGCUCUGUUCAGGAGAGGUUAGACUUUAAACAACCUAAAACUGCAUCACAUUCAGUCUGACUGAAUUUGGAAGCCUUUCCUCUACAUUUGAUGCAGACCAGCACAAACUCUGGCUUCAUGGAGGAAGAACCGAGUCCCCUAACUGGAUCUGUUCAGCAGCGUCCUCUUAAAGACUCUGGCUGGAUGCGUAAAGAAUAUCAACUUCAUACAUAAAAAACAUCUUGAAGUCAACAUGAUGUGCCAUAGCACUGAACUGGUUAAUCAAACCUGGUCUGUCUUGAAGAUUUGACCCUCCCUGGGCUGUUUCCAUCAGGUUUUAGGCUCAUGCAACUCCUUUCUGGCUACGCUCUUUGAUUCAGAGCUCUUACAGCUUGGACGAUCACCUACAAAUUGUACUCUGGACUGAAGCGAAGCACUACCUUUCUACCUAUGCAGCGCAACGCUGACUCCAUGUUUUCGGUGUGAUGGCACAAAACGGACCUUGUCUCAAGUGCUUAAACUGUGAUGACUUGUUUGAAUGUACCCAGUGUUACUUUUUGUGUGUUGGUCAUUUUCUUUUGUUCUCUUGUUUUUGUCACUGAGGGAUAUUUUUUCUUGUUCACAUUGGCACUACUUUGUUUUCAUAAACAUUACCACCUUAUUUUAUGUUUGUUGCGUUCAUGUGCAAUAAUGACUUGCUUUUAUUUAAUUUAUUUCACAUUUUUAGGUUUAUUUUAGGGGUUCUCCCUAGGAUAAGUUUGCUUUUUUUAAUUUCUAGACUACAUUGAUCAGUGCAAUAGAUGGAUUUAAGGGCCUUUGAAGGAAUGUGUUUGUGUGUACAGCUUUCCAGCAGAAAAGGGCGCUGUGGUAUUGCAACAUGAGAAAUGUGCCAAAAAUCCUAUGAUGCCAACAUUUUUCUCAUGCUUAAUUUACCAUUGCAAUAUGAUCACUUGAAUUUUUGCCAACUGCCUGUCCAAAUGUUUUUCCACCUUGUUCUCCUUUCAAAACAGUGUUAUUUUCAGUAGUUAUAGGGUGUAGUUUCUCCUGUCAGACACGGAGGAAUGCAUCUUUAAGCCGUUUUUUAGUCCACAUCAUUUCAAUAAUAGUUGGUGCUACUUAUUACCAGCAAAGUGCUUGUGUUUUUGCCUUAUCUCCUUUGGAUUCUGUUGAAGCAACAGGUUUAACUGCCUUCUUAAAUGACCAAAUUUGCCCUUCUUCCUAUACGUAGCCAGCUUUGUGUAUUUGUUUCUGUGAGCACUGCCAGGUUUUACUUGGCUUUUAUUUUCUACAAGCAGCUUCUAGGUGAAUGCUCCAGGAGUAGGCUCCUACUGCAGUAAACGAAUGUCAGCAUGUCACAUCUAUUUUUUUUUUUUCUUAAGUUAAAGUGAGAGUUAUAAACCGGUUGUACAAGAGAUUUUCAUUUCCUCUAUUUAAAGACAAGACAAGGUUUUGAAGCUGAAUUUACACAGCAAUCCAUAACAGAGCGUGGAAUGUAAAUGAGUUUUGGUAGAGCCAUGAACAAAACCAAAAUUUCAUGAAGUCCUACAUUUCAGAAGUCUGUCAGUAUUAGACUCCCUUGCAAACCAGACUGAUGAUAACAUGAUGUUGUUACAGGGCUAUCCCUUGUGUUUGCAGUGCGGCUUUAAGCCGUCCAGAGGAUAAUCGUUGGGUUGUUGCAUCAUAUUGACACAAACCAAACCCCAUGCUCAUGUACGUCAUUAAGGAUGGGUUAUGUGUAAAUGACUGACAUAUAGAUGUAUACCUUGUUUUUUUAUGUAAGUUUUUCUAUUUUUUUAAUAAACAUUUUAAAACCUCA